AAGUGGAGUCUGGUUCGGUACAUUCACUGCGUAAACAGCACAGCGCUCUCGGGCCGCGCCUUUUCUUCCUCGGACACCCCUUCCGACUUGCAGUCGUUUUCUAUUUAUUUCGCAGCGGCCCCCCUUCCCUUCGUCCAGAAGCAUCUCUUCGCAGUGACAGAAGAACUACUUUGCGGAGCCCACCGACACGCACGGUGCCGAAGUUCGGCGGGGGGGGGCUAUAAAGGGGGCCACGCGUAGGGUGCGCGCGCACACAUAGCGCGUCCAGGCGUCCCGGGUCGCCUCAAGUGACACGUUCCGCAUCGGGCUGCUGUGGGUGCGUGCUACACGGGCGCGCGCUCGGCUCGUCCACGUUCCUCCCCCCCCCCACCGCCCGUCAUUCAGUUAGCGAGCGCGUUCGGGGAUACGACGUGUUCUCUCCAGGAGCGUGGGGACGGGCAGCGCCGCGGCACACCUCCGCUCCGACUAAUGCCGUUUACAAUUACGGCGGUGUCUGCGUUCGCUCCCUUCUUACUGUAACAGUGACCGUGUGUCGCCGAUCGCUCGCACGUGCUCCCGCCGGCGCCGGACCCUCGCCUCGCGCUCCUCGUCCGAGCGGAACAUCGCCGGUGUAACUUGCAGUGUUUCACGAGUAAAUGUGACGGCUUUGAUCUGUCCGUCUACUACAGUAUCGCGCUCAGUCUUUUCUUGGAUGACGUGCGGCCUGAUUGAUUGAUUGUAAACAGUGAGUCGCUGAAACGGACUUUUUGUUGUUUUUGAAUUUAUUUUUUAAAGCAAGAUGUCGUUCCUUUUUAUGGGAGUUCUGCGAAGCCGCAGCAGAGGGGGUGUUGCGCUGGGGGUGCGCUCCCUCGCAUCGCUACCCUCCCUCCCUCCCGCGGUCGCCGACUUCGUGUCGGCAGCGGUGACAGAGUGCCAGCCAACGGGGGUGCACGUGGUGACAGGGACUCUGGAGGAGACGGCGGACAUCCUGGCGGGACUGGAGAGGGACGGCAUGGUGAAGCGGCUCCCGAAGUACCGCAACUGCUGGUUGGCGCGGACGGACCCCAAGGACGUGGCCCGCGUGGAAAGUAGGACCGUGAUUGUGACGAAGCAUCAGAGGGAUACCAUCCCCAUUCCUCCCAGUGGGGUCAAGAGCCAGCUGGGCAACUGGAUGAGCGAGCCUGACUUCCAGAAGGCCAGGGAGGAUCGCUUCCCUGGCUGCAUGAGAGGCCGGAAGAUGUAUGUGAUCCCCUUCAGCAUGGGCCCCGUGGACUCGCCCCUGACCAAAUUCGGGGUACAGCUGACGGACUCGCCCUACGUCGUGGCGAGCAUGGGCAUCAUGGCGCGCAUGGGCUCUGCUGUGAUGAACAAACUGGCCGAGGGUGCCGAGUUUGUGCGCUGCCAGCACUCCGUGGGGCGACCUCUACCUCUCAAAGCUCCCUUGAACAACUCCUGGCCCUGUAACCCGGAGAAGGUGCUCAUCUCCCACCUGCCCGACACCAGGCAGAUUCUGUCCUUCGGCAGUGGCUACGGGGGCAACUCCCUGCUGGGCAAGAAGUGCUUUGCCCUGAGGAUCGCGUCCCGCAUCGCCAAAGACGAGGGCUGGCUGGCCGAACACAUGCUGAUUCUGGGAAUAACCAGUCCUCAGGGGGUGAAGCGCUACGUGGCUGCAGCCUUUCCCAGUGCUUGCGGGAAGACCAACCUGGCCAUGAUGAAGCCGGCCCUGCCUGGCUGGAAGGUGGAGUGCGUCGGGGACGACAUCGCCUGGAUGAAGUUUGACAGCCAGGGGAAGCUGAGAGCCAUCAACCCAGAGAAUGGAUUCUUUGGCGUAGCUCCAGGCACCUCCAUGAAGACCAAUCCGCACGCCAUGGCAACCAUAUCCAGCAAUACCAUGUUCACCAACGUAGGAGAGACCAGUGAUGGCGGGGUGUGGUGGGAGGGCAUGGAUCCCCCUCCAUCGGGUGUGACGCUCACGGACUGGCACGGCAAAUCAUGGAAACUAGGAGACCCGGCUCCUUGCGCUCACCCAAACUCCAGAUUUUGUGCGCCGGCCUCCCAGUGUCCCAUUAUCGACUCCAACUGGGAGAGCGAGGAGGGGGUGCCCAUUGAUGCCAUCAUCUUUGGCGGCAGAAGACCAGAGGGUGUGCCGCUGGUAUACGAGUCCUUCAGCUGGCGUCACGGCGUUUUUGUCGGGGCUUCCAUGAGGUCAGAGGCCACGGCGGCUGCCGAGCACAAAGGCAAAGUCAUCAUGCAUGACCCCUUUGCCAUGCGCCCCUUCUUCGGCUACAACUUCGGCAACUACCUCGCCCACUGGCUCAGCAUGGAGAAGCGGCCCGGACCCACGCAGCUGCCCAAGAUCUUCCACGUCAACUGGUUCCGAAAGGAUCCGGCUACAGGGGCCUUCCUUUGGCCUGGCUUUGGGGAGAACGCCCGGGUCCUGGAGUGGAUCUUCAAGCGCUGUGGGAGGGAGAGGGAGGAUGAGGCGGCCGAGAAGAGCAUCGUGGGAUGGGUGCCCCGGCAGGGCGCCAUCGACCUGAAAGGCCUCGGCAAUGUGGAUAUGGGGGCCCUCUUCAGCCUGCCAAAGCCCUUCUGGGAGAGGGAGGCGCAAGAGCUCCGGGCGUACUUGAGCCAGCAGGUGGGCGCUGACCUUCCCCCCCAGAUAGAUGAGGAGCUCAGAGCCUUGGAAGAUCGUGUGAGAAUGUGAAAGGAGGGUGACAGGCAGGAGAGAUGGAUGCAGAAACCAAAGAGAAGAUGACACUAACAAGGUGGUGCUUUAAUGAAGGUGGAGGGAAGUGACACUUGGCAGGCAUUCAAAGUACCGCUUGAACACUUUACAUGGGACUUAUCGAUUGGGCAACAAAAUGUAAAACUGUACUCAACUGUUUUUAGGCUCUAUGUCAAGACCUCAUUGUGGGGAACACAGGGCAAAUUUUUAUAUUGUACUCAACUGUAAACUGCUUGCCUUUCAGUCUCUACACAAAAAGAAAAAUCUGGGGAAAGGAGAAUGUUUACAAACAGUAACAGAAAGUCAAGAUUUUAAAAAAAGAAAAAAAAAAUCUUCAGAAAAAACUAUUUCAGUUUGCAUCUACGUCCAUCCUUUAAUCUACGGGGGGGGGGCAUACUGGACUUUUAACUGGUUCGGGGCCUGCUAGUCCAGCGACUACUUGAGCUCAAGUAAAAAAUAAUGUGCAACUUGAUCAGGUGAUUCUAAAGAACUGUUCUGGAAACUUGAAAAUGAAUUUAAAGCCAGUGCAUAUUAUUUAAAUGAGAGUAUCUAUGCUGGAGCACUACUGACAGUUCCACUUUUUGCAAAUGAAUUAAAAACUUUCAAGUUCCGUCUAAGCCUGUCUUUUUGGCCAUUACUCACUGCAGUGAAUUAUAUGUCCAGGGAAUGGGUAUAAUCGCCGCCUGUGUACAGCUGCUGACACACACUGCAAGAAUCUGCUUACAGAGAUUA